GCAAACAAACAAACAAAAAUAAAUAAAUACACGUUUUAAAAACAACCUUUUCUCCUCAACACAAUCAUUUACACACAUUCACUAUUACUUUGUUUGGAUAGCAACAAUUAAAAAAAUAAAGAAAAUUCUCUCAUCUCUCUUUGAGCGAAAGAGACAAAGAUCGAAUUAUUUAAAAUUAAAAAAACCCCUUAAAAAUGAAUAUAACAGAAGAAGAAACAACAACUUCAUUAAUUAUUAAUUCAAUAUCUUCAUUUCCCCCAACAUUUCCCCCAACAUUUUCAACUCAACAAAACAACUUUACUUCCUUAAUCAAAACAACUUUUAAUUUUCAACAAAAAAGGGAUGUUUCUUUCCAUUUUUCUUUAAUUUUUGGUUCAUUAAUUGGGGGUGUUACUAUUGUUGGGUUAACUGCUAAUAUUCUUGUUGUUAUUGCUAUUUUGAGUGAUAGAAAAAUGAGAAAAUCUCCAAUGAAUCUUUUAUUGUUAAAUUUGGCAAUAGCAGAUUUACUUUAUUUAUUGGCAUUUACACCUUUCUGGUUAUCCAUGAGUGUUUAUGGAGAUGGGGGUUGGCAUUUUAGUGAUAUGUUUUGUCCGAUUGCCAGAUUUUUUGGAAAUAUAUUUUUAGUAAUUUCAAUACUUACUUAUUUAGCUAUUUGUAUUGAAAGAUAUGUUGCUAUUGUACAUCCUAUAGGUAUAUUUUUACGUUAUAAAAAACCAUCAUCUUUUUAA